AUGCUGGUGAAGGGUGCAGAAGCUGCUAAUGUAACUGGGCCCGGAGGGGUGCCAGUGAAGGGCAGCCGCUAUGCCCCCAAUCGACGUAGGGUCCGCCGAUUCAUCCCCCGGCCUCGCCCAGCUGCCCCACCACCUAUGGUGGCAGAGGCCCCAUCAGGUGGGACAGAACCAGGCAGUGAAGGGGAACGAGCUGAAGACCCUGGGCAGAGGCCCAGACGAAGGCGCCCACCACCCUUCUUCUACCGCCGUCGCUUUGUGCGAGGCCCAAGGCCCCCCAACCAGCAGCAACCUAUAGAGGGCACUGAUGGGGUAGAAUCUAAAGAGACAGCCCCAUUGGAGGGGGACCAACAGCAGGGAGAUGAGCGGGUCCCCCCACCCAGAUUCCGGCCUAGGUACCGAAGGCCUUUCCGCCCCAGGCCACCCCAGCAGCCUACCACAGAAGGUGGGGAUGGCGAGACCAAGCCCAGCCAAGGUCCCACUGAUGGUUCCCGGCCUGAGCCCCAGCGCCCAAGAAACCGCCCCUACUUCCAGCGCCGAAGGCAGCAGCCCCCUGGACCCAGGCAGCCCACAGCCCAGGAGACCUCAGCCCCCAUCAACAGUGGGGACCCCCCCACCACUAUACUGGAGUGAUUCCAACUCAAAGGACACCCAGAGCUACCAUCUGGUAUCUGCCAGUUUUUCCAACUGACCUGUACCCUACCCAGUACCCCCCCUUCCCAUA